AUGACCCCAGAAAAGCAAACAAGACUGGUACACAGGCCUGGCAAAGCCGCGACAGACUUGGUGGGUGCGUCGUCUAGCCAGAAUGCUAAGCGACAGAAGCAAAGACAGCGAUCGAAUGAUAUUAUGGCAUCGACAGUUCCGGUCCAUCCUCAUCUGAAGCCAGACAUUACAUGGUUGGUCAGUCUACCACGACGCCUUCAAACGCCGGAAGAGCGCCGGCGAACCGAGUUAUUCCGUCUCGAGACUAUCGAAUUACUUGAGUUGACUGCGCCACACUUCAGUCACCCGUUCAACCGAUUCAUUCCAGCUUAUCAUCACCACUUUGGCCGACAAUGCAGAGUAUCCGACUACGGCUGCAAUAAACUGGUCGACUUGAUUGAGCUGAUACCAGACUGCGUUCAGGUAAGGCUUUACGGCCCAUUUUAG